GGGGGCAGGUCCUCCCCAGCCAAGGCCCCUCUCUGCUUGGGUCUCCCUCUCUCUGUCUGGGGGAUUUGCUGGCACCUCUGAUUCACACAGACAGAACGUGGCAGAAGACCAAGGGAUUCCCUCCGAUCUCUUGGAGGCUUCCUGAGAGCCCAGAUGGAGGAGCAAGACUCAGCUGGCCCUGAAACGGGAAGAAGCCAUGAUAUGCAAACUGGGAGAAGUGGGGGAUCCUGGCAAAACUCCUUGCAAAGGAUCCUAGGUGAGGAAGACACUCUUUGCUCCAAUGUUCAGAGCCAGAAGCUCAGGCAGUUCUGCUACCAGGAGGCUGAAGGACCCCGUGAGGUUUGCAGCCAGUUCUACCGACUAGACCAUCAGUGGCUGAAGCCAGAAAGGCACACGAAAGCUGAGAUGCUGGACCUGGUGAUCCUGGAGCAGUUCCUGGCUGUCCUUCCACUGGAGAUGGAGAGCUGGGUGAGGGACUGUGGAGCGGAGACCAGUUCCCAGGCAGUGGCCCUGGCUGAAGGAUUCCUCCUGAGUCAGGCAGAGGAGAGGAAGCAGGAAGAGAGAAAGCAGGAAAAGGGACUGUUAGCAGAAUUGGACCCCAAUUCCUCUGAGGCAGAGAGGACUCCGUUGGACACCAGGGAGAGGCCAAUGGGUGAGAGAACAAUGCCAGCAAGACUUCCUCCUCCCUUUUUUCAUGGUGGCAAAGGGGAAGCAGCGGCUGUGGAACCAAAUCAGGUAGGGGGAUGGAAACGUGGGGAAAGAGGCCGAGGUGUGGGGCAGCCAGUUUGCCUUUGAGCCGAACAAAUCUCUCUCUUCCUCUUGGCUUUGGUCAAGGUUGCCGUUAACAAAGGCUGAAAUGGCACUAGUAUUGUUUGACAGCAUUUGCCGUUUUCUUCAUAUACUUAACACUGAAAGCUAAUAUCAGCUUCUAAGCAGUUGGCCAACCAUAAAAAGUGAUCGGGAUUCACCCAACUAGCCUCAUCAGCUGCACAUUGUGGUGUUUCACCAUUUGCAGAAAAGCGAAUUGCUGUUUUGGGCCUCCAUCUGACUUGAGAGUCUGCUGUGGCUGCAGAGACUAGUAAGUUGACCUCCCUGGGGCACAAGCCUGGGCAGUGUGGAUGGAGGUCCUGGGCUGCCCAGAUGACAAAACCUCACUCUUGGCCUUGCUGAUAUGGUCCUAAGGAAAGAAGAGCAAGAUCAGUUGUGC